AUGCGGCAGCAGUACUGCCAGCAGUGGGGGCUGACAGUCAGCGCCGAUGAAACCAAAGCCAUGCAGCUCAGCGGCGGCGGUAGCCACGACACAGAGAAGAACCGGGCAGCAGGUCCGCAGCACGGCAGCCGUAAGUUCAGCAGCUCCGCGACGGGCAUGGAAGCAGUCGGGAUGCAGCUGAACCUGGAUGAGCCGCAGCCUAUCGGCAUGGCAGCACUGCGGAAUGCAGGCGGCAACGCCAGCUGGAGCAGCUGUUAUCAGCUGCCGCUCGCGAAGCCGGCAGCCUAUCCACGUGAGCCCCCUACAUCCAUGCGGGUCCGCUCUGGGCCUGGUCACGGCGUGGGCUACCUCCUGCUCGCGCUGGUGCUGUUCACGCUCAAGGACGCGGCCAAGCGGGGCCGCCUGGGAGCCUCCACCUUCCGGGAGCUCAACAUAGGCGUGGCUGUUGUGGGCAUCACUGGGGCGCUCAACCUGGCGGCGGGCAUGCAGGCAAGCUUGGGGGCUUCGGCGGGCUACAUUGUGCAGGGCAAGCUCGCGGCGUCCAAGGUGGCGGUCGUGGGCGCCACGGCGGGGCUGGCCCUCUACAACUACUUCUGCGCCAAGAAGUGA